UGCAAAAGAGAGAAACUGACGGAUGGUGAAAGCGUCGUGACGUUUGUCAUUGCAAAGUGUUUAACAACGUAAACCAGUCUAAGAAGAAGGAUUGAGGACUUUCCUUCUGAUCUGUGUCUAGAAAUGAAGCGCUGUCACUUCCCAGUACUUUCGUUUCUUUUUCUUUUUCUAUGUUUGGUGGCUUGACAUUCGUAGACCAUGUUCUCGAUGUGAGUGGAAAGACUUUCAGCCGCGGUACCGAUAGAGGACUGGCCUAUGCCAAGUUUAAGGCUCACAAGUUUUCGUACCUGAACAUCACCAGCAUUGCUUCAGAUUAUGUUAUGGAAGCCAUUGAGUGUGGACUGGCUUGUGUCAACAUACCUUCAUGCUUCUCCUUCAACCUGGCUACUCCUGAAGAUGUCAUUGGCAAAAUGCUUUGUGAAUUACUUCCUUCGGACAUGUACAACAACUCAGACAGGUUUGUUGUCAGUCAGAGUCACCACCACUUUAGUAUCAUGUCUCCAUGCAUCAGUUGGCCGUGUCAGAACAAUGGGACAUGCGCUGCACAGUACGAGAAGAACAGCUAUGUGUGUGUUUGCGGGAAAGGAUACACCGGGAAACAUUGCGAAAUGG